AUGGAGGAGGUCUUUAAUAAUAAUAAUAGUACAACGAAGACCAGUAAUAGAGAGGUGAAUGUGGAAAUCAUGGUAAUCGAUGAUGGAGAAGAGCCAAGUAAAAGUAAAAGUAAAAGUGAAAGUGAAAGUGAAAGUGAAACGAUCAACAUGGUAGAAGAGUUGUCCACACCUCGAAUACCUAGAGUUCCACCGUUGAUGAGAAACCAUGAAAAUAACAAGGGAAUGUUCGAUCCAAAGGUGGUUUCUAUAGGUCCAUACCACCAUGGCAAAGAGGAUCUCCAGCUUGUAGAGACCGUCAAGCCUAUGUUAGCAGCACUAUUUCUACAAGACAGCGACAAGAACAAGGAUGAGGUCUACAGCAUGAUUCUUGAAAAUGUUGAUGAUGCUAGAAGCUACUAUGUUAAACGCUCAACCGAUGAAUACAGUUGUGAGCAAUUUGCAACAAUGAUGCUCUUGGAUGGUUGUUUCAUUCUAGCUAUAAUUGAGGACUUCUUCCUCUGUGCUGCCGGUCAAAAAUCAAAAUAUGAUGAUGUUAGAAAUCAUCUAGGCCUUUUACUUUGGUAUUCAAUACCUGAUGAUAUAUUUUACUUGAUUGAGAAUCAACUCCCACUUCAAGUUCUUGAGUUGAUAAUGAGCUUAAAAUUCAAAGAGGAUGAAGGGAUGAAAUCCAUCAAUGUGUUCUUGAAUAGUGUGAUUUCUUCAGACACUAGACAUAUUUUGAAUAAGGAUAAAGUUAUUGUUAGUGAAACCGACAGGGAAUCAUUUCAUCUCCUUCAAUUAGCACGGACAAAGUAUCUCAAUCUCAACCAAUCCCUUCACAUACUUGAAUCUCAAGACGAUGUGAAAGAGUUGCGGUCAAAGCAUAUACUAUUCAAUGCGCUUGGCAGUGAUCAGGAGGUGGCUAAUGUUUUCAAAGAGAUCACCACUUUUGGAACUUAUGUCAUAUUAUAUGAUGAUAUCAAGCAGAGGAUUCAGGUUCACUAUAACAACACUGCCAAGACUUGGAUGGCCGAAUUUAUUAACAAAUAUUUUAGCAGACCAUGGACAGUCAUUGCUUUCGCUUCUGCAACUUGUCUCCUUGUCUUGGCUUUUCUCCAGACUUACUACACUAUCGUCUCCUCAACAAAAUCAUAA